AUGAGCCGCGCAGAAGCAUCUGCACUGGCCAAAGCUGCCGGCGCGAAGGUAUCAGGAUCCGUGUCUGCGUACACCGAUGUGGUCGUCGCUGGCCCAGACGCGGUGGCAACUGCCAAGGUGACUGCUGCCAAGGCGAACGGCAAGAAGAUCUACACAGAGGCACAGUUCAAGAAGGCACUCGGCAAACCCAUGGCAAAGGCCAAGGCUACCGCCAAAGCUAAGGCCAAGGCCACAGCCAAAGCUAAGGACAAGGUCAAGCCGACGAUUCUCAAGGGUAAGGCCACGAAGAGUGGCAAGCUGGCUGGCAGGGCAAUCUGCAUGACCGGUGCGGUUUCAGAGACACGGAAACAGAUGACGGACCUCAUCAAGAGUCAUGGUGGAGAAGUGACCAGCUCUCUGACCAAGAAGUCCACACAUCUCCUUUGUGUGAACAGUGGUGCUAUGUCCAGCAAGUAUCAGAAAGCAAUCGAUCAAGGUGUCGUGAUCAUCCGCGAGAGACAGCUGCGGCAGAUGAUUGGAGAGUUGAAGCCUGAUCGUGGCAAUGUCUGCCUUGCUGCAGGGCAUAAGAUGAAGUGGGGGGUCAGCCCAGAGUAUGAUAGCUUUGUGUGCAAUCUGUGUGCUAAAGCCGAUUCUGGUCCUCGAUGGUACUGUGGAGCAUGUCAUGAUGACAUCUGCGGCACGUGCCGAAAGAGGAAGUAG